GGCAGGGCCCGCGGAGCCCCCGGCGCCGGGAGGGGAUGCGAGCAUGGCCAUGGCCCAGGCGGGGGCCGCGGCCGCGGCUGCCACGGGACUCCUCGUCUUCCUGCUGUACUCCGCCAUCCACAGGGUCGAGGAGGGACACCUGGCCGUGUACUACAGGGGCGGCGCGUUGCUGACCAGCCCGAGCGGCCCUGGCUACCACAUCAUGCUCCCUUUCAUCACCACCUUCAAAUCCGUGCAGACCACGCUGCAGACUGAUGAAGUGAAGAAUGUGCCUUGUGGGACAAGUGGUGGUGUUAUGAUCUACAUUGACCGAAUAGAAGUUGUGAAUAAGCUGGCCCCAUAUGCAGUGUACGACAUCGUGAGGAAUUACACGGCAGACUACGACAAGACCUUGAUCUUCAACAAAAUCCACCACGAGCUGAAUCAGUUCUGCAGCGCCCAUACCCUGCAGGAGGUGUACAUCGAGCUGUUUGAUCAGAUAGACGAGAACUUGAAGCUGGCCCUACAGAAAGACCUCAAUGUCAUGGCACCAGGUCUCACUAUCCAGGCUGUACGUGUUACAAAACCCAAAAUUCCAGAGGCCAUCCGAAGAAACUUUGAGCUAAUGGAGGCUGAGAAGACCAAGCUGCUGAUUGCAGCCCAGAGGCAGAAGGUGGUGGAGAAGGAGGCAGAGACAGACCGGAAGAAAGCGCUCAUUGAGGCAGAGAAGGCUGCCCAGGUGGCCAGGAUUCACUACCAGCAGAAGAUCAUGGAGAAGGAAACAGAGAAGCGGAUUUCUGAGAUUGAAGAUGCUGCAUUCCUGGCAAGGGAGAAGGCAAAAGCUGAUGCAGAGUACUACACUGCUCGGAAGCUGGCUGACUCCAACAAGCUGAAGCUGACUCCCGAAUAUCUGGAGCUGAUGAAGUACCAGGCAAUAGCUGCCAACAGCAAGAUGUACUUCGGCGACCGCAUCCCUGGCGUGUUCCUGGAUUCCUGUGCCUUCCAGCAGGCCAACCUGAGGACUGCCCAUGACCCAGCCUUCCUGCACAGGAAUCCCCAGAGACCUCUGCAGAAAGCCCCCUCAGAGGCGAGGAGAGCACUGGCUGAGGGAGGCAGGAGGGAACCCGGUGUAGCUCAGCAGCGAGCCCGGCUGUGACCGGGGACGAGGCCCUGUUCCGGUGGGGCGGAUGCAGCACAUGCCUGGACAUCUUGUGUAUAGGUGGCAUUUGGGUUGAUUUUCUUCUAGCAACAGGUUGCAAGGGCUCUGCCUCUUCCGUUUCUCCCCCUAUUAAAUUGGUGCUUCCAAAGGAGGGAUAAUCCUGUACUAACAUACCUAUACUGGAAUAUUAAACGACAGACAGCAGGAAAGCCUCCCGGGGUAGGUGCAGUAAUUUAGCAGGCAUUACUCUGCAGGAAGGAGAUGUGGCUUUGAGUGCUGUGUUGCUGCACACUGGUCAUUGCUCAGCAUUCCUGGCUGAGGCUGGCUGAAGAGGAGGUUCCCCUCCUGCUGCUGAAGCUUUGCUUGGUGAAGGUUUCUGCUGACGCUGUGUCGCUCUCCUCAAGGACUCCAGUGGAGUGGACUCUCCUUGGCCAGCGUGUUCCUGCUCAGGGCGAGGAGUGGUUUGCUGUGGAAUAGGUUAUUGGAGUAGGAUCUGCACAGCCAUAAUAUUCCUGUAGACAGCAGCACUAGGUAACGACUUGGAGGAAGCAACCUCUGAAGGGAUUCUGCAACCCCCCUCUCCAAGCAAGAGCCUUGCACUUGCUGCAUGGGACUGGCUGACCAGAUUUCAGGAGCACCUUGGAGCACCUGGUUGGGAACAGAGCCUGGCAAGUCUUUGCUCAGGUUCCAGCCUCCAUGUAAGUCAUUCACCAGAGAAAGGGAGCUGAAUUUCCACUGCUCUGCCGUACUGGCAAAGUGAAGGGGAAGAGAAGAGUGAAAGGACACUGCUGUGCAGCAGAUCAGAUGUGUGACCCUUCAGCUGCAAAGUAGGUGAGGCAUCGCUGUUCCUCCAUGCAAAAUCCACUGCACUAGGAAGUGGGAUGUCCUUGCUUUAUAUGUCCUUGAACAGCCAUGGCAAGGAGUGUGUCCAUGGCUCUCUCAUCCCUGGCCAGGCUUGCUGGCAGCUGGAUCUUCUGUCCUGAUUUGCGUUGUGAUAUAUCCGACCCUGCUCCUGGUGUGCUGUGGCAGGGUGAGGGAGAGGUGCUUGGGGAGGGGGGAAUCUGCUGGGACAACCUGCUUUCUGCUUUUCCUCCUUCCUCCCCUCUGCUUGUGAGGAUGUGCUUGCUUUUAGGACCUGCUCUGUGAGGAUUGGGGGUGCAGCAGCUGGGGAAGCAGCUGGCAAGAGCUGGAAUGCUGUUCUCCAGCUGGGAGCACCCCAGCACUGCCUGCUGCCUGUCCAGAGACAUGCUCUGCUCUCCCUGUGCAUCCCUCCUGCUGUCCUGUCCCCUCAGAGCAGCCAUGCCACCCUUGAGGGGGCUGGGGGGUGGUGACACUCCAGACACUGGAGCUGUUGAGAUCUUCUGUCCCUGGCUCUGUCUGCAGCCUUGUGACAAGGGGAGGGAUGUGUUCAGCUUCUGCCAUCGAGAAACACUGAACCCAAACCAGCUUUACCUGUGCUGGUGAUGUCCCCCACAAGGAGUGUGGGGCCUUGGGCUAUUUUGUCCCCACCCUGUGUGUGAGGGCUGGGCUUCAGGGAUGGCAGUGUCUCUCCACAGGGAAGUUCAGUAACACGGUGCCUCCUGCUGUCUCUGGUCCUGCCCUGGCUGCCUCUCCUCCAGCUCUGGGGCAGGGCAGGGUUGUGCUGGUCCUGCUCCUUCUGCAGGGUGUAAGACAUAACUGUGGGACUUUGCAGCAGUUUUGGGUGGUCUUUCUUGUCCUCUGCCUGCAAACUCCCACAACUAAGUUGAUGCUCUGGUCCAGGAUCCCAGCUCAUUUCCCAACCCAGGCAUGGCAGGAGCCAGGGACCAGGGCAGAGAGGGGGUGGCAGUGUGUUUCAUAGUGUUUGAAAUGUCUCCUGGAAAUGCUGGUUGGCUUUCAGGGUCCGCUUUUUUCCCAUGAGAUGGGCUUUGAGGAAGCUGUGUAGUUUCAUCUCUCCCCUACCCCCUCCUCAGUAUUGUGGCAGGCCCUUGGCAAAGACAUGGCCUCUCCUCACUCCAGCAGCACCUGCUUUGAUGGGAUUUUGGGAUGAGGGCAGGCUUUAUAGGCUGGAGGGAAUGCUGGCAGGGAUGUAGUCUCCACAGUUUUCUUUGUGUUACUGGGGUUGGACACACUGGGCAUCAGGAAUGGCUGGACCUAUAGGUUCUGUCAGCCUGGGAGUGACAAGGCACGAGGGGAACUGCUGGGGCAAUAACCAGGCAGUUCACACCUCUCCUGCAGUGAUCAGAGCAAGAUGCCCACGCAGGGAACAGGAAUGCCUUCCAGGCCAGUGCAGGAAGAGCUGCUUCCCUUUGGAUCUGAGCCUUGCUGUGCCUCCCUGUGCUGUCGGGAUGGGUGCAUGACCAUGGCCUUGCCUUAAGUGGCUGUCACUGGCUCAGUGUCCCUCUGUGUGCAUCAGCCACCUCCCUGUAUGGUCCGAGGGACCCCAGGGGAUGCUCCCCAGUCCCAGAUCCUGCAGCAGCAUGUGUGAUGCCCAGUGCCUUCUGCAGCAGCCUCCUCCCCCACUCCCUGCUUCCCCAGCCCCAGUGUGUGCAGGAGGGGGUGACCACCACUUUGGCACCCUGGCGUGGGCUGUGCUGCCCUCUGAGCCCCAGCUGUGAGCAGGGACGUGGCUGCAGCCAGGAUUUUGGGAUUGAACUGGCUUUUCUCUCUGCUCCCACGGCCUGCGUGGGCCUGUGACUAAAGGGGUCUGCCCCUGGAUGCACAUCUCCCUAAGGAAACACGAUACAUGCGGUCAGGUUUACAUUCACACUGUUAAGUUCUUUUGAUAAAGCAGAAUAAAAUUAUUUUGUUACCA